CAUCUACCCACCACCCCGAUCCCCAUCUCCAAGAGUCAGACACCAUCAUGCCUGGCCUACUCGGAAAGAAGUUCCCGGCGCCCAUUGCGCGGCCAUUGUGGCCAUUCUACACCGCCGGCCUGGUGAUUGCCUACGGCAUCAACUCCGCCGCCAAUGUCAUGAUGCAGUCGGACGAAUACAAGAACGACCCGCGAAAUCCGUAUGCGAAGACAUCGAGCGGCGAUGCCCACUAAGCUCGCUGGGGUGGAGGGAGGAGAGGAUGUUCGCGGCACGUCAGGAGGAGUGCAACAGCAUGGAACAGUGCGACAAUAGAAUGGCGCGAGGCUGCCUGAUUCGUUGAGGCAUGGAGUGACGGUGGUAGCAUUUGUAUAUAUACCAAGCAAAUCCGCUGGCUCCUCCGUGAGGUCACCUCUUC